AUUUGCUUAGUUCUUAAGCUACAUAAUCCAAACAAAAAUGUUUCCUUUCCAUAAACCAAAAGUCUACAGAUCAUCGACUGGCUGUUGCAUAUGCAAAGCCAAAUCGAGCAGUUCCCGUUUUACCGAUAGUAAAAAGUAUGAAGAAGACUUCAACAAAUGCUUCCAAUUGCCUGGACCAAGGCAGGGGGAGAUUUGCAACGCUUGUGUUCUAUUAGUGAAAAGGUGGAAGAAAUUACCAGCGGGUUCAGAGAGGAACUGGAAACACGUGGUGGAUUCGCGCGCCGGACCCGGUAUGAAGUCGAUGACCAAGUUCAAAAGCAAGCACAAAAAACAGGCGGCCGAGGGUGAGGCGAAGCAGCAACAACAGAAGAAGAAAAAGCAGUACGAGAGGGAGAUGAGCCCGACGCUGUCGGACGACAAGAGCGACGGAGGACAGGACGUGGAGAUGGCCGAUGUGGACUACCUUUCGGAGAACGUGACAAGCGGUGGUUCCAGCCGUACCAACAGCCCCGGUGCCAGCGAUUGCGAGGAGUCUGUGGUUGUUGUAACCAGUAGCACGAGCAGGAGGCAUAAGUCUCAAGCCAAGAGACGGAGCACUACCACCUCCGAAGUCAGCGAGUUCAUCGACAUGGACUACUGGAAAAAGCUGAAGAUUUGCUGUGGUAUAAUCUUCGAGGGUCCCAACGGUGAGAUGCUGAUUGACGAGCGCUACUGGAAACCGUGCAGGGCGCGGUUGGCUGCCCAGUGCAAGUUGCGAUCUCCUUCAGUGGAGUCGAACGCGGCUACCAAGGGUUCAUCGAAAGGCUACAGCGAUAGCAGCUCGGAUUCUGGUUACGAUGACUCGAAUCAGGGCACCGAUGAAACCGCUGCAGUCUACAAGAAGCACGAACAACGGAGUUGUCGUUGGCUGCGAUGGCUAUUCAAAAAAAAAAAAUCAAGUAUUAUGAAAACAAUUGAAUGCGCGAAACCAUUUCGCGCAUGAUUAUUAAGCAAAUAAUUGUUGUAUAACAAAAACUGAAACGAGGAGUAAUAUAUGUAGAAUAUAUAGUUUGUAGUUAAUUCUAAUUAUUUAUUUUCUAUUAAAGUUUAAGAUUUUAUUAUGAUUUUCUCAAUUCUUUUGGUUGCAUAUAUAUUUAUAUGUGUAAUAUAUUCCUUUGCGUAGCGAAAUCUCAAUUGAGUUUGAAUAGCACAAACAAAAAUAAACAAACGAUCGUAAGAAGAUGUGGCCUUUUCUUUGCUGAGUAGAAGAAGGGGUUGUUUCUCUUAAAUAUUUUUGAUAAAAAUGGAUUGCGCAAUGGUCUUUGACCUCAGAAGACACGGAGCUGAGAAUAAAACAAAAGUGAGAGAUAGCGAGAACUGGAGGAGUAGAGAGAGAGAGAGCCAAUGAUUGGGAAUGAUGGGGUGCGUAGAUCCGUGUCCCAUCUAUUUGACUGGCGCGGAAUAUUCUAAAUUUAUCAUUUUAUACAAAUUGUAUGUAUAUAAAACUAAGUAAAUCAAUUUUAAUGAGUAAGAGUUGAUUGUUAACAAUGAAAGCCAAAAAAAAAAUAAAGAAAAAAAAUAAAAUAAUUGUUAAUGAUGCAAUAAUGAAUACGAAACGUAAAUCGAUAACAGCAAUUGUUAUUUAUAUCACGAUUUUAAUGAGAAAAAAAACGAUUGGAAAAUUUGAGAAAUAUUAGGGAAAAUUGAAAUUUUAUAUAUAACUUGUAAAUUUUGGUUGUAUGAGAUAUGUUUGUUGGAAGAAACAAAGUUUCGACCGAGGACUUUCAAAAAGUCUCGAUAAGAUGCAAUGAGUAGAUUCAGUUUUCUCUCGCCACCCCCUAGGUUCACACUUUAACUUGUUCUUAUUAUUAUUUUUUUUUUUGUAAGAUUUUAUCUUUUUCUUUUGGUAUUCUGAAUGAAAUUCCAUUUUUAUUGUGCUUCAGUUGAUUUUUGUGUAAGGAUUAUAUUUGUGUAGAGAUUGAGAGUCCAAAAAGAUUCCAUAAAAUGUGAAAGAAAUAUUAAUUAAUUAUUGUAUCUUGUAUUAUCAAUAAAAUGUAUGGAAAA